AUGCCCUCCAUCGUUCGAGCGGCAGCGUGCCAUGUGUCGCCGGUGCUUCUCGAUGCUAAGCAAACGACGCAAAAGUGCGUGCGGCUGAUCCACGAAGCAGCAGACCACGGGGCGCACCUUGUCAUCUUUCCCGAAACCUUCAUCCCGGCGUUCCCAUUCUGGGGCCCGAUCGUGGCCCCCGGUGCAGCACACGAGUACUUUGCCAAGAUGUCGAAGGAGUCGGUCUUUGCCGACGGCGAGGAAGUUGGCGCCAUCAGGGUGGCUGCUCGCGAGAGAAACGUGAUGGUGAGCGUGGGCAUUUCCGAGAAGGUUCGAUACAGCAGCGCGACCAUGUUCAACUCGAACCUCAUCAUCGACGGCCAUGGGGACGUGGUGGUGCAUCAUCGAAAGCUAGUGCCGACAUUUUACGAAAAGAUGACUUGGACGCCCGGCGACGGCCACGGGCUGAAGGUGGCCAACCUGCCCAUCAAGGGCCCUGCCGGGGACGAUGAGCCGGUCAAGUUUGGCACCUUGAUCUGUGGCGAAAACACGAACCCACUGGCUCGAUACACCAUGGUUGCUCAAGGAAUCAACCUUCACAUAUCCUCAUGGCCAGCAACAUCCAUCAUGGGUCUUGCUGAUCAUGUCAAUGAUGAUCAUAGCCACCACGAGGGGGAGACCAAAGAUGAUGACCUUCAGUGGAAGAAGGCCAAAAAGGAAGGAGAAGAAUCAUCCAAGGAAUUCGGCAGAUGGGACCCGAUCCAUAUGAAUCGUCUCCGCUGCGGAAAUCAGUGUGUCGAAGGCAAAUGCUUUGGAGUCAUCAGUUCGGCGGUCCUGUCGCCCGAAAAUAUCGCCGUCGUCACAUCCAUGGCUCCAGCGUCGGCAAAGGCCCUCGUUCAGUCCACGCUGGAAAAGUCAUCGCAGGCAGAAACCGCCUUCCUAAAUCCAUCGGGGUCCCUCCACCGAGGCUUCACCAUCGACAAGGUGACGGGUCUGAAAACCGAUGAUGUGGAAUCGCUGCGCUACGACGAGGGCAUCCUCUACGCCGACAUGGAUAUGGAUGCCACCAUCGAAGGCAAGCAAUACCAUGAUCUGGUGGGAAAUUACCAAAGAUUUGAUGUCUUUGACCUGAAGGUGAACACGACCAGGAAGCAACCUGUCACCUUCCAGACCGUGUGA